AUGAGGGCUUCGAGAUCGACUUUGAGUCACCUCGACGCAAAAUGGUUUGCGAAAUGGCAAAGUUCGUCCAAGCAGGCAAAAACACCGACGCGUGGUAAAUGGUAUCAGCUCUGUAUGUUUCCGUAUCCGUCGGGCCAGAUGCAUGUCGGCCACCUUCGUGUUUACUCAAUCUCGGACACAUUGUCUCGGUUCCGUAAAAUGAACGGCUACGAUGUGCUUUCACCAAUGGGGUGGGACGCUUUCGGACUGCCUGCUGAGAAUGCUGCUCAGCAGCGCAACGUCAAGGCUUCUGAUUGGACCUAUGCGAACAUCAAAGCCAUGCACAGCCAGUUUGACCAGAUGCUCUGUGAUUUUGAUUGGUCCAAGGAGCUAAUCACCUGCCAUCCUGAUUAUUACAAGCACACACAGCGGUUGUUUUUGGAGUUUUACAAGGCAGGUCUGGCUUAUCGGGCUCCCGGUCUUGUAAAUUGGGAUCCGGUCGACGAAACGGUGCUGGCAAACGAGCAGGUCGACGCACAAGGGAGAUCGUGGCGGUCUGGCGCCUUGGUCGAGACCAGAGAACUUGAGCAGUGGUAUUUGAAAAUCACCGAGUAUGGAGAUGCUUUGGAUCGCGAUUUAAGUACGUUGGAUCAGUGGCCUUCCAAAGUCAAAACAAUGCAGAAGAAUUGGAUCGGUAAGUCUUCUGGUGCUGAACUGACUUUGGCGGACAAUAUCACGGUUUUCACGACACGUGCUGAUACUUUGGCUGGUGCAAUGUAUGUUGCAUUGGCCAUCAAUCAUCCCAUAGUUCUGGCAGAGGCCGAAACCAACGCUGGCCUCAAAGCUUUCAUCUCCAAACCCCAUGAAACGGGCUCGAAGGAUGGGUUCAGAUUGUCCCAAGUUAUCAAAAAUCCUUUGACGGGCGCAGAGAUGCCUCUUUUUUGCUCGCCGUACGUAUUGGGAGACUACGGAACCGGGGCAGUUAUGGGCGUUCCUGCCCAUGAUCAGCGAGAUUCUGAUUUCUGGGAAUUACAUGGCACCACCGCUCCCAUUAACGUGAUCCAGGAGGCUAAAUCGCUCCCAUAUACCGAAAAGUAUGGCACUUUGAAUGAAGCCUCUGGGUUUGCUGGCCUGUCAAUCGCUGACGGUGCCAAAGCAAUAAUGAACAAGCUUGGGGCAAAGGAGAAAACGAGAUAUAGACUAAGAGAUUGGUUAAUCUCUCGUCAACGUUAUUGGGGCGCCCCUAUCCCUAUAAUCAACUGCUCUUCUUGCGGAACUGUACCUGUACCCGAGAAAGAUUUGCCGGUGCUUCUUCCUGAGAAUCACUCAGGUCCUCUUUCUCAAUGCAAAGAAUUUAUGGAAACAACUUGUCCGUCCUGUGGUGGUGAGGCUACCCGAGAUCCCGACACUAUGGACACGUUUGUUGACUCUAGUUGGUAUUUCUUGCGUUUCACCGAUCCUGACAAUAAAGACCUCCCGUUCAGCAAAGACCGGGCUUCGGAAUUGAUGCCAGUGGAUAUGUAUCUCGGAGGAGUUGAGCAUGCUAUCCUGCAUCUACUUUAUUCUAGAUUUUGGACAAAGUUUUUGGUUGACAGAGGACUUAUCGAAAACAUCCCCAAUUCUGAGCCCUUCAAACGCCUUGUUACACAGGGGAUGGUUCAUGGCAAGACAUUCAUCAAUACCGAUAACGGUCGCUUCCUAAUGCCUGAUGAACUGGGUCCUAACAACACUGUCAAGGCCACUGGAAAACCUGCUGGAAUAACUUUUGAGAAAAUGUCCAAGUCUAAAUACAACGGUGUUGACCCCUCUGAGGUCAUUUCCAAGUAUGGUGCUGAUGCAGUUAGAGCCCAUGUCUUAUUCCAAGCACCAGUCAACGAUGUCUUGGAGUGGCAUGAAGACAAUAUUGUUGGCGUCACACGCUGGCUUUCCAAACUUCAAGCGCUGGUUAGCUCAGCUUCGGAAUGUGGUUCAGCUCCUACUAGUGCGCAGGUUCAGGCUUGGAACGAAUGUUGUGCACUGGUUUCCAACAUCACGAAAUCGCUAGAGGACACUCUAGCUUUGAACACUGUUAUCUCUGAUUUCAUGAAACUCACUAGAGCUGUCGGUACCCUCAAAGGUAGUGAGCUUGCUUGGCCAGCUACUGAAACACUGGUCAAGGUCAUCGCACCGGUAUGCCCUGCGAAUGCUGAGGAAGCUUGGGAAAAACUCUUGGAAAUCAAAAAGCAGCCGUGGUCUUCUGUUUUCGCCGAGGAAUGGCCCCUGCUUGAACCCAUCUCUUCAGGAUCGGCAUUCAACUACAAUGUGAUGAUCAACGGUAAAAGAAUUAUGAGCUUUGCUUCGGAAAGUGAUGUCCAGGAACAGGUUCUUGAGGAACUUUCCAAAGAACCCAAAACAAAGCCGCUUUUGGAGAGAGGAAUUAAGCGGGUUGUUUUUGUCCCUGCAAAGUCUCUUGUGAAUAUUUUGACAAAUUAA